GACGUUUCGGAGACAAAGCAGAAUCAGGUUGGGUUAAGUCAGGUUACGCUCGCGGGUCACAUUUGUCCGACUUAACAGCACUCGGCAUGCGAUGUGUCAAAUUGACACGAGUUCGCUAACAUGCCCCUUCGUAUUUGUUUAACGGUACACUGAUUCGCGCGUCUCAAUCAACCAUGGAUUACUUCUUCGAAAAUAUAUCUAUGCACGAUGCUCCUUCUGCAGAUAAAUGUAUUCCGUUUCCCAGAAACAAUAGAACAAUAAUCACGGAUGUGUAUGCAGGAAUACCUGAAAACUUGUUGCUAAAUGUAAUAGGAUUCCUGUUCUUAGUUAUUUUAUUUGGCCUGCUACGUAAAAAGGCAUGGAAUUAUGGGCGUCUGGCACUACUACACAAGUCUGAUAACAGAUGGAUGGAGUUGUUCUAUGGCGUCAAUGAAAACAGAGACAUCGAUCCCUUAUGCAUAGAUGCUUCCAUCAAUUCUCAAUUCUCGCACUUGGAUAGAGGAUUUCUCUCGUGGAUAGUUACCGCUUUUAAGAUUACCGACGAGGAAUUGUUACAACGCGCAGGCCCUGAUGGAUUAUUGUAUAUUUUAUUCGAGCGUUGUUUAAUUAUAUUGACCAUCAUGAUGCUCGUAGUAUCGUUAUGUAUAGCUUUACCCAUAAAUUUCCAUGGUAAUAUGCAAGGCGACAGCGCGACAUUUAGUCAUACAACUUUAUCAAAUCUAGAUCCCUCCUCUUCUUUGAUUUGGGUGCACACGAUAUUGAUCUUAUCUUAUCUGCCCGUCGGUGGAUUUGUUAUGAGACGUUGUUUGAAACAGAUACGAGAUACUAGACCUACUGGAGAACUUGCAGCUAGAACAUUAUUGAUCACAGAUAUACCAAAACAUCAAUGCACUAUUGAGAUUCUUACUGAAUAUUUCAAAGAGGCAUUUCCUACUUUAACAGUGGAGGAUAUUACAUUAGCUCAUGAUAUUAAGCGCCUUUCAAAGCUAGAUGCAGAAAGAGAUUGCGCGGAACAGGCACGCUUAUAUUGCGAAAAUUAUGCCAAGAAGAGGGAACCCUUGAAAAUGUAUCCGUACCCAUGCGGUCAAGUUCUUGGACAUUGUUGCAAAAAGCAAGUGGAUGCUCAAGAAUUCUAUAGCAAUGAGGAAAUACGAUUGACAGCACUAGUUGAAGAAGAAAGGAAGGUGGCACUCAGUAAACCUCUUGGUGUAGCUUUUGUAACUCUAGGUACACCCGGUGCGGCCAAAACUAUGCGUAAACAGUUGAGAUCUUCGCCGACUAUAAGAUGGAUCGUGGAAUACGCACCGAUGCCGUCAGACAUAUUUUGGGAAAAUCUCAGUAUUCCAAGGCCAUGCUGGUAUCUAAAUGCCGUAUUAAUAAAUUUCGCUUUGGGCAUCAUACUGUUUUUCCUUACUACACCGGCCGUCAUAGUAACGACGGUCAACAAACUACCACUUACUGGAGAAAUUAAAAACUUGAGUCCAGUAGUGUCGUCCUUUUUACCUACCGUGUUGUUGAUCAGCGUGGCUGCUCUGAUGCCCGUUCUAGUCGCGAGAAGCGAAUCGCUCGUGAGGCAUUGGACCAGGAGCAGCUUAAAUCGUGCCGUUAUGAGGAAAACGUUACUUCUCUUGCUGCUGAUGGUACUUAUAUUACCUAGUUUAGGUUUAACCAGUGCUGAAGCAUUUUUACUUUGGACCGUGCAUGCCCGAAAUGACACAGCGCGAUGGGAGUGCGUAUUUUUGCCAGAUCAGGGUGCUCUUUUCGUAAAUUACGUCAUUACUGCGGCCUUACUCGGAAGCGGAUUAGAAUUGGUCAGAUUUCCGGAACUCGCGCUUUACAGUUUUAGGCUCUGCAUAGCCCGCAGCCGAGCGGAAAGGAUACACGUCAGAAAAGCGGUGUUGUGGGAGUUCCCGCUGGGAGCUCAUUACGCGUGGUUGCUAUUAGUUUUCACUAUGACAACCGUUUACAGCCUGGCCUGUCCUUUGAUCACUCCUUUCGGUCUGCUGUAUCUUGUUGUCAAACACUUGGUGGACAGACAUAAUUUAUGCUUUGCUUACGGACCCAGCAUCGGUGGCGGUCAGUUGGCUGGUGCUGCGGUAGGUGCUGCGGGAGCUGCGCCAGUUUUAGCGCAAGCUGCUCUUUUAGCCUUAGGUCUAGUAAGGAGAGGCUUGUCUCCAUUAGCUGCGGUACAACUUACUGGUCUGUGUGCGAGUAUUCUGGGUCUGGUAACCGGUGCUACGUUGCCCUUAACAAAAUCCAAGGCACAAGCAGCAAAAAGAGACCUUUCGACGGGUCAAAAUUUCGUCGCACCAGUAUUGCGAAAGAAUCCGACAUUGCUCGAGGAGACUAUAUCAACUGCUUCAAAUUCGGAAGGUAAUUUACCAAGCCCACAAAAUACUACUUCCUCGAUACAAGAAAGUCCAAAGCUUUACCAAAACUAUGGCAGUGAACAGAGAGUUUAAUAUAUGUGUCUAAUAUAUGCACGAAUAGCAGUGCUUUAUAAUAAUUCAUUUAGUAAGUUAUAAAAAAAAGCAGCACAUUCCAAUAUAAUUAAUAUUAGUAAGAUAAUCAUACAAUUUAGGGAAAUUAUACGGCACAAGUAAUGUACAUUCUAAACACAUUUUCUUACACGGAACUAUGAUGUUCUAUAAUACAAAUUAGUACAAUUAAUUUAAAAACGAGAUCUGCAAAAUGAUGCUUUAGAGUUUAGAAUCACUAUGCUUACUCUUACUUUACCGUAUUUUACAUAGUAUAAUCAUACUUAUAAAUUUUCAUUUUCAUACAAUGUUUAACAAUUUGUGAUAAGUAUAAAACAUGAUUGUAUUGUAUCGAUAUUAUCGAUUGCUUAUAAUGUAAGUUAGGAAUAUUGAGAACGAUAUAACGCCUUAAACUAGCAAUAUAUUUAGUAAUCGCUAUUUAAUGAAUCUCAGAAAGAACAAUAUCUAGAACAAGAUCUACCUUAUCAUUUUAAACUUAAUCGUAUUAAACGAUUAUUUCAACUUAAUCUGUUUGUUACAUUUAAUAUUACUAUUCAUUCUUACGUCAUAUUUGCAUAAACUCUUAUCGUGUAAUAAAAACACAGGGCAAGGAACAAAUGUAUACAUUAUACAUAAAGUAUCCUUUGAUCUAUAACUUGUAGUGAUAUUCAUUUAUUGCGCAUAAUAUUGUUAAUAUUUUCAUAAAAGGAUAUGACAAAUAAUUUGCGUUAUAUAGUGUACAUAUAUAUAUAUAUAUAUAUAUAUAUAUAUAUAUAUACACACAUACAUACAUAUACAUCAGCUUUUAGCAAAUUUGAUAGCUAUAAUAAUUGUUAAUGUAAUAGUUUAUAAUGAUUCGGUAGAUCGGCUGUCUUUAAACAUUGUACUGCGAUAAUAUUGCGACAUAGAAAAUUUACAUAUAUACAAAUAUAUGGCUAAGCAGGAUGUUUUAUUUCAUUAUGAGAAUUAUAUAAGAGAAUGUAUGUAAUAUUUGAUGUAUUUUUUAUCCUGUUUAUACGGAGGUGAGAUACAUUUCAGUUACAUAUGUGUAUACACAGUACAUUUUUCAACUUAUAUAUAUGUACAUAAAGAUAUUAAAAAUUUGGAAUCAGAGAUUAA